ACCUCAACAUUUUAUCAUCAAAAUUUGUCUUCGCUAUGUAGUUUAUAUUAUACCACUAUAAUACAACUAACGCUUUGCACCCAAUCAAAUGGCUGAUGUGGAGGAAGAAGAAGCCCCUCCAGAGGCUGAGGAUGAGCAAAAUGAUGGAGAAGAAGCCGAGGAAGAUCUCGAUGGAGAAGGCGAUUACGAUGACCAGGAGGGUGAAGAAGAAGAACAGUCAGACGGAGAAGAGGAGGAUCCAUUCGAGCUGCUCGAUGAAAGCGAGCCGGAGGACGAGGAGCAGCAGGCAAUGUACAAGGAAUAUCUGGAGUUGGUCAAGGAAAUCGAUGCCCAGAAUUUGAUUAUACGAGAGCUUAAAGCAAAGUCCACUCGAUUGAUGUACAAGAAGUGCAAGACUUUCAGGGACAAGCAGGAGUAUAAGCAACUGAGAGCCUGUCAGGAGCAGGAGGACAUCCAUCUGAGGGCCCUGGUCAAUCGGGCCAUUCAACUGCAGAACUUCGGAUCUCCCAGGCGAUACGGGAAUGUAGAACUAGAGUUAACAGAAGCCGAUCAGAAUUACUUCUUUACGGGACUUCAGCCCUCCUCAUAUUCGGAUGGCGAGUCCUGCAGUGUGUGCUGCUUCUCGGAAUCUGACUUAGAUUCGGACUCCGAUGAUGACCCGUGCUGUACCUAGUCUGCAGCUUUUUGGUUGGGUAUAAAGACGGGGCUUUGUUGUGGAUUUGUGAAGGAGUUUCUGAAUAAAAAAUAAUUUAUGUCCAAAACAGCAAGUA